CCUCAAUACCAAAUUCUUCUUUCAUUUCUUUCUUGAAAGCAACUUCUUCUUCCAUUUUCGUCUUCAAAGCAACUUGUUCUUUCAUUUUCUUCACCAAUUUCUAAAUAAUGAACUUAGAAAAUGACUAAUAUUUGCUCAAAGUAUGAAAAAAACGUGAUUUUGAUAGCUUAAAAAAAACGUAGCCUAUUUCACGCACAAAUACUGUGCUUGAAACCUACUUUUGUAAAUUUUUUUUUGUAUUAUUUUGGUUCUAAUUUUUUUUUUGUGCUACGCGGACUCUAACUUGUCUCAAACAACUUUUUUAAAAGAGUUUACUUUAUAUACGACGAUGAUGGUGUGAAUAAUAAAAUUUGUUCCACUUUUGCGUGCGAGCACAUAAACGGCUGUGCACUUGCACUUCCAUUUCUCAACAAACUUUGCUCUGCUCUAAAGGAUGGUGAAAAUGUGGUUGUUAAUUUAAGUGGUCGUGGAGAAAAUGUGGUUGUUAAUUUAAGUGGUCGUGGAGAAAAUGUGGUUGCUAAUUUAAGUGACCCCAAAUUUUUUUCACUUAAGUGCACACACCUAAUAAAAGGCCAAAAAGCCCUCCUCAAUAUCAAAUUCUUCUUCCAUUUCCUUCUUCAAAGCAACUUCUUCUUCCAUUUUCGUCUUCAAAGCAACUUGUUCUUCCACUUUCUUCACCAAUUUCUAAAUAAUGAACUUAGAUCUUUGAUCAAUAAGAUCAUCUCUCUACUCAAAGAAAUUACAUUUCUUGACCUAAACAAAAGUUCAACCAAUCAAAUUCGCAUCAAGAAAUAGUGAAGCUAUUGAUUGUAAGCAAUUGAAUCAUAGAAAAUGGAGGAAACAUCUGAAGGGUCAACAAUUUUUCCCCAAGAAGUCAUCUUUGAAAUUCUCUUGAGAGUACCUGUCAAAUCUCUCUUGAAAUUCAAGUGUGUUUCAAAAUCAUGGCUUUCUUUACUCUCAACUCCUCUAUUCACCAAAACCCAUGUCAAAUUUUCCUUACAUAAUCCCCAAAUGACUGAUUAUAGACUUGCUGUGGUAGCCACUAUUUCUGGUUUGGGUAGAUUCUGCCAUGUUUACAGCAUGGGGUCUGAAAAUACAUGUGUUACAGUGGUUAAACUCAAUUGUUUUACUAAAUCCUUACCCCUCUCGAGUCGGAUUUUGGGUUCUUGUAAUGGGUUAAUUUGUUUAACUAGUGACUCAUUUACAUUAAUGUUAUUGAACCCAUGUACUGGAAAGUUUAAUGUGUUUCCUGAUUUAAUGCUUCGGAGUAAAGGCGGUGGUGGUGGUGGUGGUUGUUAUAUUAGAUAUGGAUUUGGUUAUGAUGCAUCUGUUGAAGAUUAUAAGGUUGUGAAGAUCUUAAGUUUUGCUCAAAUUGAGGGUAGAUAUGAGAAUAUGGUUAAUGUUUAUAGCUUAAAGGCUAAAUCUUGGACAACUAUUCAGGGUUUCAAUAGUAGUUAUAUAAAAGCAAAGCUGGGUAUGUUUGCAAAUGGGAUUCUUCACUGGGAAGCGUGCUAUAACCAUGGUUCGGGUGCGGUUUGGGAGAUUGUUACCUUUGAUUUGGCUGCAGAGAUAUAUGGAAAAAUAGCACUGCCUAGUUAUGAAAAUGAAGGUGUUUAUUGGACAUUAGGUGUUUCAAGAGGCGAUUUAGUUGCUUGUUGUAACUAUGAAAGGAAUAGGGCGGAUAUGUGGGUGAUGAAGGAGUAUGGUGUCGAGAAAUCCUGGACUAAAUUGGUUACCAUCUCAUCACCCGUUGAUGGUAGGGCUUAUAUGUCGCCGUUGUUUGUAGCAGAGAACCGUGAUGAAGUUCUGGUGCAGCAUGGGGAAGAGCUAGAACUGUAUAAUUCAAGGGAGGGUUCGUUAAAUCUAUUCAAAGAUUUUCCGUCGGGUGAUUGUCGUCAAGUUCAAGUGGCCGCCUACUUUGAGAGCCUUGCUUCACCUCAUAUUUAGUGAUGUGAUGACAUGUUAAAUAGUAAAGGCAAAGAUAUUCAGAGAGCAUAAAAAGUCUCUCAUAUUUAUUGAUAACAUUGUGUCUUUGUCAUUGUGUUCUUUUGCAUUUUUCCUUAUCCUAUACGGUGCAUGGUACUUCAGCAACAUUGAAAUGCUAUUGUUAUCAUGCUCAGUUAACUUCUA